AUGGAGGAUGUAAAAGACCCGCCGACCGUCCACCGGUCCUCCUCCUUCAGCAUCAAGAGCCUCCUGCUGCCCUCCAAGUGCGACAGACCCGACUCCGUCGCCGCUGCCGCCGGUAUCCAAGGGACCUUCUCCCCCUCACCGGGCUCCGACUCGGAGAAGUCGCUGGACCCACCGGAGGUGGACUCCACGGCCGCGGCUCUGGACCCGGAGAAACCGGGAAAGCAGGAGCACGGGGACGAGGAGGUGGACGGAGGAGGAGAUGGAGAUGGGGACGGCGCCAAGGCGACGCAGGAGCAGAACAGUACCGGUACAAACAGCGGGAAAAACGGGAAAUAUGACAAACCUCCGUUCAGCUACAACGCCCUGAUCAUGAUGGCCAUCAGGCAGAGCCCCGAGAAGCGGCUCACGCUCAACGGUAUUUACGAGUUCAUCAUGAAGAACUUCCCGUACUACCGGGAGCACAAGCAGGGCUGGCAGAACUCCAUCCGCCACAACCUCAGCCUCAAUAAGUGCUUCGUCAAGGUGCCCAGACACUACGACGACCCGGGGAAGGGCAACUACUGGAUGCUGGACCCCAGCAGCGAUGACGUCUUCAUCGGGGGAACCACCGGGAAGCUCCGCCGGCGCUCCGCCACCUCCCGGGGCAAACUGGCGAUGAAGCGCGGGCUGCGCUUCGCUCCUCUCGGGUUGGGGAUUAACGAGCGGGCGAACAACCCGCUGUACUGGCAGAUCUCUCCGUUCCUCUCCCUGCACCAUCACCACCACCACCACCCGCAUUACAACGGAUCCACGCCCGGCUUUUUGAACCAGGCUUCGGGCUACGGGUCGCUGCUGCCCGCGGUGGAGCAGCUGAGUAACGGGGACCUGGGGCGCUCCAUCCUCGGCGGGUCGGCGGGGGCGCUGGGCUUGACGAACAGUUACGGGAUGAGCACGUCGCCGGUCGGGCUGCUGUCCGGGCAGACGGCCGGGUAUUUUGUCUCAGGGACACAACACUCUUCAGCGGGGCCGCCGGGAGGAGGACCUCCGCCGCCGCACCUCCAGCAAGGCGCACCGGGGUACGGCGGCCUGGCCUCCAGCAGCUCGCCGCAGUCCCUGCUCUCAGACUCCCUCAGAAACAGCUCCAUACCGGCCUUCUCCCAGGGCAUGUCCGCGGGCUUCCCCGGGAUGCUGUCCCAUCAAAAGAGGGUGACUCCCAACGCUUUCCUAAACUGA